AUGUCAACUGUUUCGACCACGGAAACCAGACACCAGCCAUUGAAAGGAAGACUCCACUUGGACCCACCGGUGUCGAUGAAUCAGCCAGUUUCGCCAACUUCGUCUCAACAGCCGUCCCAGGACGUGCUUGCUGCGCUGCUUGGAAAUGGCAUCAAGGAAUGGCCUUUCACAGAGACUUCGCUAAUCCACGCGCUCGCUCUCAAAACAGAGCAGGAAAAGACGAGACAAGAAUUUUAUCGAAUGGAGACGGUGUCACGUUCUCUUGAGCUGCUCCGCCAUGCCAUGGCUGCCCAGAUACCCGGAUAUCUAAUCCCUCAGCUAUUCAUGCCGGGAGCAGGUCCCGUUGGCGGAACGGGCUCCAAAGACGUCAAAUCGUUGUCAAUAAGCACAAAUUCCGGCCCAAACCCUUAUUCAAAUUCGGAAAUGUAUAAGGCUGAUCCGAACUUCAAGUUUGGAUCCGGGUCGAGGGCCGGCUCGUUGCCGGGAUCUGGAGCUGCUACACCAUCCAUGACCCCUACAGCACCAGCACCACAGAUGGCGCACAGACGCCAAAACUCCCCAGCGAGAAUGGGAGCACAAGCAGUAGCUGCCCUGAAUACGCCGCAAAGAGGAGUGGCCCACAAACAUCACCAAUCGAUGCCUGUAGUUGGGAUCCCAGAGGCCGCUGCUGUGUCGUUUGGAAAGCCUGUUUCUAGGAAGAACUCCGCCCCCUCUCAAUCAGAAAAACCUACGCAGGAGUCUAUGAUUUCGUCGCAUCAUCUGAUUCAGUUCCAUCACUGGCAACCUGAAUCGGACGAGAAGCCACCCAUCCAGGGCGAUAUUCCCAGCUUGCCGGCUCCUAAGAGAAGGAGAUCUUCUGGGUCAGACGGUGAAUCAGGCUCUUCUCUGGGUGCUUCUACUCCAACUACAGCAAAUUUUGUGACUCCAGGAAGUUCUGUGGCACCUUUGAGUGCUCCACCAAUGCAGGGUGUUUCUCAACCAGCUCCACGUUCUAGGUCUCCUCCUACCAGGAGGUCCCUUUUAUCUCAUAUUAGAACUAGAUCCGAUAUGAGUGGAAUGUUGAGAAAAGUGUCACCGCCAUCAUUGAGACACCAUCACAGAGAUUCACAGAACGGGUCUUCGCCAACUGAAACUGACGAUAAGCCUAAAUUGUCACGGUUUCCCAACAACAUUCUUGGAUCGUAG